AUGACCUACAACAAAAUGGCCUACAUCAACAUCGCCUACAUAAACAUGGCCUACAUAAACAUGGCCAAAAUCAACAUGGCCAACACCAACAUGGCCAACAUCAACAUGGCCAACAUCAACAUGGCCUACAUCAACAUGGCCAACAUCAGCAUGGCCAACAUCAACAUGACCAACAUCAACAUGGCCAACAUCAGCAUGGCCAACAUCAGCAUGGCCAACAUCAGCAUGGCCAACAUCAACAUGAUCAAGAUCAACAUGGCCAACAUCAGCAUGACCAACAUCAACAUGAUCAAGAUCAACAUGGCCAACAUCAGCAUGGCCAACAUCAACAUGAUCAAGAUCAACAUGGCCAACAUCAGCAUGACCAACAUCAACAUGGCCAACAUCAACAUGACCAACAUCAACAUGGCCAACAUCAGCAUGGCCAACAUCAGCAUGGCCAACAUCAACAUGAUCAAGAUCAACAUGGCCAACAUCAGCAUGACCAACAUCAACAUGAUCAAGAUCAACAUGGCCAACAUCAGCAUGGCCAACAUCAACAUGAUCAAGAUCAACAUGGCCAACAUCAGCAUGACCAACAUCAACAUGGCCAACAUCAACAUGACCAACAUCAACAUGGCCAACAUCAGCAUGGCCAACAUCAGCAUGGCCAACAUCAACAUGAUCAAGAUCAACAUGGCCAACAUCAGCAUGACCAACAUCAACAUGAUCAAGAUCAACAUGGCCAACAUCAGCAUGGCCAACAUCAACAUGACCAACAUCAACAUGGCCAACAUCAGCAUGGCCAACAUCAGCAUGACCAACAUCAACAUGAUCAAGAUCAACAUGGCCAACAUCAGCAUGACCAACAUCAACAUGAUCAAGAUCAACAUGGCCAACAUCAGCAUGGCCAACAUCAACAUGACCAACAUCAACAUGGCCAACAUCAGCAUGGCCAACAUCAGCAUGGCCAACAUCAACAUGAUCAAGAUCAACAUGGCCAACAUCAGCAUGACCAACAUCAACAUGAUCAAGAUCAACAUGGCCAACAUCAGCAUGGCCAACAUCAACAUGAUCAAGAUCAACAUGGCCAACAUCAGCAUGACCAACAUCAACAUGGCCAACAUCAGCAUGACCAACAUCAACAUGACCAACAUCAACAUGGCCAACAUCAACAUGGCCUACAUCAACAUGGCCAACAUCAGCAUGACCAACAUCUACAUGGCCAACAUCAACAUGUCUAACAUCAACAUGGCCUACACCAAAAUGGCCAAAAUCAACAUGGCCAACAUCAACAUUGCCAAAAUCAACAUGGCCAACAUUAGCAUGGCCAUAUCAACAUGUCCUACAAAAAAAUGGCGAACAUCCACAUGGCCACAUCAACAUGGCCAACAUCAACAUGGCCAACAUCAACAUGGCCAACAUCAGCAUGACCAACAUCAACAUGGCCAAAAUCAACAUGACCAACAUCAGCAUGACCAACAUCAGCAUGGCCCAACAUCAACAUGGCCAACAUCAACAUGGCCAACAUCAACAUGA